AUGCUGCGAGUUGUCCUAACUCUCGCCAUUUUGCUCACAAUUUCCGCAGCAACUCAAAUCACAACGAAUUUGAGAUUUUUCUGCAACUCGCAGUCAAAUUGGAGAUUUGCUAUCAUGUUUUAUGAACAUGACACAUCAUCGUAAGAAAAAAUUUUUCAAGUGAAAAUUUGAAAAUUUUGAAUUUUCCAGACCUUGGGACAGAUUAUUGUACACCGAAACACAAAUCAUCGAAGGCCAGCCUAGCAAAGAUCUCAAUUCAAUAUUCGAUGUUUAUGAUGGUGAUGGUCCGUUGGAUUUUCAUUACGAGAUUUAUAUGAGAGUUACUCAUAGUUGCGCAAGAUUCGGAAACGCCGUGAAUUCUCAUAUUUUUCUGGGAAGUGUAUCGAUUUUUGAUCGUUUUGCUUCAUUUCAAGGAAACGUUAUUCUUGAUGCCUGA